GCCGGGCAAGUGCGAAGGAGGGCGGCCCCGGCCCCGGCCCCGCGAUGCCGCCUCUGCCCGCCUGGCUCUGUCUGGCCGAGCUGCUGCUGCUGCCCCUGCCCGCCCCGGGAGCUGCCGGUCCCUGUCCCCGGCCCUGCCGUUGCCCCCGGGCCGGUACCCUGCUCUGCCGGGAGCCCGGCACCGUGGGGAGCGUGGCCCGGCUUCUGGGAACCGGCAGCUUCACCGACGUCAUCAUCGAGAACCAGCAGACGCUGACAACCUUGACCCGGGCUGACACGAGGAUGCUGCGGGACCUCAGGAGCCUGGAGGUGAAGUGGGGUGCUCCUAGGAUGGGGAUUUGGGGUCCCCAGUGUGGGUGCUCAGCCCUUCCCUCCCCCAGCACCAUCUCCAGGUCGGGGCUGCAGCACGUCUCUGCCGACGCCUUCCUGGACACCCCCAGGCUGAGCUAUGUGAAUCUUUCCUCCAAUGCGCUGCAGAGCCUUUCCUGGAAGACCUUCCAGCAUCUGCCCCUGCAACAGCUCAUCCUGGUGGGAAAUCCCUUCAACUGCUCCUGUGGCCUCCGCUGGUUGCAACUCUGGCAGAAUGGGAGCCGGGCUGAGCUGGGGAACCAGUCGCUGGGCUGCUGGGAGGGCAGCGUACUGGUCCCCCUGGGCAGCCAGCCCCUCCACGCCUGUGAGCCCCCGACCGUCCGCAUCGAACACCCUGAGUGGGUGCUGCGCCAAGGCGACAGCGUCAACCUCACCUGCCACAUCACCGCUGAGUCACUGGCCACUGGGGAAUGGGUGGUCCCAGAGGUGGGACCUGAGCUGCCCAUCGUCACCAAGCUCUCGGACUGGGAAAUUGUCCUGGAGAUCAGCAAUGUCUCCUCUAACCUCAACCACAAAGAACUGACGUGCCGGGCGGAGAAUGUAGUGGGGCCAGCGGAGGACAGCGUGAUGCUGAAUGUCACCUUCCCCCCCGUGAUCCUUCUCCUGCAUGAAGCCAUCCCCCAACACUUCUGGUGCAUCCCCUUCUCGGUGGACGGUAAUCCAGUCCCCAGCAUCCGCUGGCUCUUCAAUGGCACAGCCCUGGCCGAGGGACCCUACAUCCACACCCGCAUCGUGGAGUACGAGCACAACUCCACCGUCCUCCAUGGCUGCCUCCAGCUCAACCGUCCUACGCAUGUCAACAACGGCAACUACACCCUCCUGGUCCGCAAUCCCCUGGGCUUCGCCACCCGCAGCAUCCAGGGACGUUUCAUGGAAAACCCCUUCAGCUUCAGCCCUGAGGAGCCCAUCCCUGUGUCUCUGUCUCCGCUGGGCACCAGGAACAGCUCUCUGGAGGGGCCUGUGGAAACGACGGAUGAGCACAUGUUCGGGGUCUCGGUGGCCGUGGCGUUGGCCGUGUUUGCCUGCCUCUUCCUCUCCGUCAUGCUCAUCGUGCUCAACAAGUGCGGGCGCCGGUCCAAGUUCGGCAUUAACCGCUCGGCGGUGCUGGCCCAAGAGGACGACCUGGCCAUGUCCCUGCACUUCAUGAACCUGGGCAGCAGCCCCCUCUCCUCGGCAGAGAGCAAGCUGGAGGGGCUGAAAAGCAACUUCAUUGAGAACCCCCAGUAUUUCUGCGACGCCUGCGUGCAUCAUGUGCAGCGGCGGGACAUCGUGCUGAAGUGGGAGCUGGGCGAAGGCGCCUUCGGGAAGGUUUUCUUGGCCGAGUGCUACAACCUUCUCCCAGAGCAGGAGAAGAUGCUGGUGGCCGUGAAGGCGCUGAAGGAGGUGACGGAAAGCGCCCGCUUGGAUUUCCAACGUGAAGCCGAGCUGCUGACGGUGCUGCAGCACGAACACAUCGUCAAGUUUUACGGCGUCUGCACCGAAGGUGAACCCCUCAUCAUGGUCUUCGAGUACAUGAAGCACGGUGACCUCAACCGCUUCCUCAGGUCUCAUGGCCCUGACGCCAAGAUCCUGGACCAGGGGCAGGGGCAGCCCUGCGGGCAGCUGACGCUGAGCCACAUGCUGCAGAUAGCCACGCAGAUCGCUUCGGGCAUGGUCUAUCUCGCCUCCCUCCACUUUGUCCACCGUGACCUGGCCACCCGUAACUGCCUGGUGGGCCACGACCUGGUGGUGAAGAUCGGGGAUUUUGGCAUGUCCCGGGACAUCUACAGCACUGACUAUUACCGGGUGGGGGGCAGGACCAUGCUGCCCAUCCGCUGGAUGCCCCCCGAGAGCAUCCUCUACCGUAAAUUCACCACUGAGAGUGAUAUCUGGAGCUUCGGUGUGGUGCUCUGGGAGAUCUUCACCUACGGGAAGCAGCCCUGGUACCAGCUCUCCAACACCGAGGCCAUCGAGUGCAUCACGCAGGGACGGGAGCUGGAACGUCCUCGCACGUGUCCCUCCGAGGUGUACGCCAUCAUGCAGAGCUGCUGGCAGCGGGAGCCCCAGCAACGCCGGCCCAUCAAGGAGAUCCACAGCCGCCUUCAGGCCCUCGUCAAGACCCCCCCAGUCUAUCUGGACAUCCUAGGCUGAGCGGGGAGCCCCACCCACCCUCUGCUCCUUGCUGUUCCCCCUGCCCUCCCUGCUGCCCGGGGCCGUGGCUCUCCCCCAACCCAACGGAGCCCCUUGGUCUGAUGCCUUGAUGCGGGGAGAGGGCUGAAACCUUAUUUAUAGUGGAAAAUGCCAGCCCAGCACCAUGGGGGGGCUGUAGGGCUGGGCUGGGGGACCCCCAAGGCUGUGCCCCCCCAGGGUUGUGGUCAUGCUCCCAGGCUCCUUGGCAUUUCCCUGGCGUGCUGGGGGGGAGGCGCUUGGCUGAUAUAGGGUUUGCUCUGGGGAGGGGCGGGCAGAGCUGAAAGCCCCUCCAGCACUGGGUCUAUGCCGGUGUGGGAGCCGGGGGGGCUCAGCUCUCUGGGGGGGAUGCAGGCAGCCUGUGGCUUGGCUGCUCCUUUGUCCCCCAUCCCGGUUCCUGGCUGGUGGGGACACCCCACGCUCACCUGCUCUGCAGCAAAACUGGUCGAUAAUAAAACUGUCCAUCUCUC